AUGACAGCCAUCCUGGAGCGGAUCAGCACGCUGUCCCUCAGCGGGCAGCAUCUCAGCCGUCUCCCCAGGCUGCUGGAGGAUGGCUUCCCCAAGAUGCCUUGCACGGUCAAAGAGUGCGAGGUGCCACAGCUCUUCCGUGAGCCGUACAUCCACGCCGGGUACCGUCCCACCGACCAGGACUGGCGGUACUACUUCCUUAGCCUCUUCCAGAAGCACAACGAGGUGGUCAACGUCUGGACUCAUCUCCUGGCAGCGCUGGCCGUGCUGCUGAGAUUCAAGACGUUUGUGGAGGCUGAGCAGUUACCCGUAGACGCGUGGUCCUUGCCUUUGCUCAUCUUUGUCCUCUCCUCUGUCACCUACCUGACCUGCAGCCUCUUGGCCCACCUUCUGCAGUCCAAGUCUGAGCUGUACCACUACACCUUCUACUUCGUGGACUAUGUUGGAGUCAGCAUCUACCAGUACGGUAGUGCACUGGCCCAUUUCUAUUACAGCUCCGACCAAGCCUGGUACGACAAGUUUUGGCUUUUCUUCCUGCCGGCAGCUGCUUUCUGUGGCUGGCUGUCCUGUGCCGGCUGCUGCUACGCGAAGUAUCGGUACCGACGGCCUUACCCCAUCAUGAGGAAGAUGUGCCAGGUGAUCCCAGCUGGGCUGGCCUUCAUCUUGGAUAUCAGUCCUGUGGCUCAUCGGGUGGUUGUGUGUCACCUGGGGGGCUGUGAGGAAGAUGCUGCUUGGUACCACACGUACCAGAUACUGUUUUUCCUUAUCAGUGCUUACUUCUUCUCCUGCCCAGUCCCCGAGAAGUACUUCCCUGGUUCCUGCGAUAUCGUUGGCCAUGCCCACCAGAUCUUCCACACCUUCCUGGCCAUCUGCACCCUAUCGCAGCUGGAGGCCAUCCUUUUGGAUUACAAGAACAGACAGGAGAUUUUCCUGAAGAGACACGGCCCUUUCUCCAUGUAUCUCUCCUGCAUCUCAUUUUUUGGCCUGGUGGCUUGCAGCGCCAUCACAGCUUACAUCCUGCGAUGCAGGAUCAAGGCCAGCCUGGCUAAAAAAGACUCCUGAGAGUCACGAACGUGACGGGCACAACAUCACCAGGGUGGUGAAAAAUCAAGAAAAGGGGCAUAACAUAUUAGAGACAUAACUGGCUUAUUUGCCUAACAUGCUGUGACUAACCUGGACCCUGGAAUCGGGUGGAGGGCUGGAGACUUCAUGCUGGAUGCAUUUUCACAGCAGGGGCUGCCUUCUGCCAUGCAGGGGGACCUAGGGUGUUAGAAGCCAGAAGAAAUCACUUAACCAAGGAUGCUGGACUAGGCAGAGGUUUCUUGUUCAUUCUGGUAAACCUGUGGGGUGGUAUCUUGCUGGAUGUCAGGGAGGGCAGCCUGAAGGUGGUGAGGCUGUAGAA